GUCUUAACCUACGCCGUUUUGUUUCUUUGGCUUCAGACUUCAGAGGAUCGCACAAGAGUGAAGACUUGACGGUGAAGUUCCACAGCUUCUUCAUCAACUCCAAUCACAACACGUUUCUCAAAGUUCGAUCCUUUGAAUCUAAAUCAGGGACUAAAGUAUGUAAAGCUUUGAUUUUUGAGUCAAGCAAGACCAUUUAUGGAAAUUCUUGGAGGUAUUGGAUUCAGUAAUACUAACAGUACAACAAAGAAGAAGAGAAGCACCACAUUGCGUCGGCCUUGGAAUGAACGACAGUUACAGGAUUCUUCGUCAUUACCAUCCACACCAAUCACUGACAAUAAUGAGAAUAAGAUAGAAGAGAGGGAAGCAGUAGAAUCGGAUGAAGCAACGAAUGGUUCAUUCCAAGGAAGUAACCAAGUGAGGCAAGGUGGAGGCCACAGUACUGCAUCUACUGAAGGGUUUCUUGUCCCUUGUAAAAGAAAAGACUCCAUUGACACAACAGAGCGUCGAGCUGGUUUUGAUGAGCAUACCAUCAAGAAGGUUAAACUCAAACUCGGUGGUUCGUCAAAAACUAUAAAUGUAGUAUCUGCAUCCGAUGGUGCUUCUGAUAUUGGGUUGUGUUCGACAAAGUCGUCCCAUGCAUCAGAUGAUGUCUUGGGGAUUGGGCGGACUAACCAGGAGAUUUCAAACGAGAGAUCCACUAAAGAAAGAGGGACACCAUGGGACACCGCAAGCAAAGCAGAUUCAUGCAAUGACACGCGAGUUAGCAAAACGAAUACAAAUCCGAUUCGUAAGAGCAAUCGGAUUUCUAAACGACGUGUUCUGGAUGAGGAACUGGAUAGUCUUGAUGAUGAUGACGAAGAAAUUCAGUUUCUCAAAAGGAUGAAAAUGGCUAAAGUUGUGGCUGUGGAAGAUGUUGAUGACGAUGAAGAAAGGAGCAGAAAACAUAAAAAACUUUCCAAGGUGAUGAAACAAAUUGUAGAAUUCCCACGUGGUGUAGGAACAUCAGAAAAGUCAGCCAAGAAGGAUAAGAUGGGAAAAGCAUUUGAUACUGAUUAUGUCAAGGACGAUGAUGAUGAGGAAGAAGAAGAGGCUGUUUCAGAUAUUGAGCUAGAAAAUAAGAGCGUGAAAACUAGAAGAAGAGGAGCUGAAGAAGGUCAAAGUGAAAUUAAGACAGAAAUGACUGUGACUACUCGUCGACGUUCUGGACAUAGUGGAAACCUCAUCGAGUUUCCUCGUGGCCUACCUCCAGCUCCACCUAGAAAGCGAAAAGAAAAUGGAUUAGAGGUUGAUCAGCAACUAAAGAAAGCUGAGGCUGCCCAGAGACGUAAAUUGCAAGUCGAAAAGGCAGCAAGAGAAUCAGAGGCUGAGGCAAUCAGGAAGAUUCUGGGCCAAGACUCUAGCAGAAAGAAAAAGGAAGAUAAGAUAAAGAAACGCCAAGAAGACAAGGCCAAGGAGAAGGCUGCAGACUCGAUCGCCCGUAGAUCAGACACAGUGAAGUGGGUGAUGGGUCCUUCAGGAACCAUCGUAACUUUCCCAGAAGAACUUGGAUUGCCAAGUAUAUUCAACUCUACACCACACAGUUAUCCUCCACCGCGAGAAAGAUGUGCGGGUCCAGAAUGUACAAACCCAUACAAAUACAGAGAUUCAGAGUCAAAUCUUCCAUUGUGCAGCCUCCGAUGCUACAAAGCAAUCAAAGGAUAAGUGAUGGAUAUAUUGUGAUCAUACUAUUGUAUAAAAUAAUAUUUAUAUCGUUCAUGUAAAUACUAAUAAUAAAGCACUAUAUCAUACUGUUUGUUGUUAAACAAGAGUUGAAUGUCUAUAAACAUAGAUGACUAUA